AUAAUCACAGCAGCAGAAGAAGAAGACCGCUAGCCGUUAGCUUGUCAGAAAAUCGUAUCAUCCUAGCUUUAGCUAAAAUUUAUCCAAUGUCUGGCUAGCGUCGCCGCAGGUGUCGAAGAACAUCAUAUGCUGCGGAGGAGAGGGGAGGUCUUAUUGAACAGUUCCUGACAGAGGCCGACCCCGCUAUCGACAACAUGGAGAAACAGCUGCAUUUAAACCUGUUAGCCUCCAGACCUCCUAUGGCAGGAGGCGUUCAGUCCAGCUCCAAAAUGAAAAUGGGACCCGGACGGAAGCGAGAUUUCACCCCUCUGCCCUGGAGUCAGUACUUUGAAACCAUAGAAGAUGUUGAGGUGGAAAAUGAAAAUGGCAAAGAUAUUUUCAGAAUUUACUGCAGUGGUGCCCAUGGUCCUGUGCUGCUUCUGCUCCACGGUGGAGGCCAUUCUGCUCUCUCCUGGGCUGUGUUUACUGCCGUCAUAUGCAGCAGGAUCAACUGUAGGGUGGUGGCUAUGGACCUUCGAGCUCAUGGCGACACCAAAGUGAAAAAUCCUGAUGAUCUCUCUGCAGACACGAUGGCCAAGGACAUUGGCAAAGUGGUGGAGGCGCUCUACGGAGAGAACCCGCCUCCGAUCAUGAUUAUUGGACACAGCAUGGGCGGGGCCAUCGCAGUUCACACAGCCGCUGCCAAUCAUAUACCAUCCCUGCUCGGCCUCUGCGUCAUUGAUGUUGUAGAAGGUACAGCAAUGGAUGCUUUGAACAGUAUGCAGAAUUUCCUCAGAAGUCGGCCAAAGACCUUCAAAUCUCUGGAGAACGCCAUUGAAUGGAGCGUGAAGAGCGGCCAGAUCCGAAACACUGAGUCAGCACGAGUGUCGAUGGGAGGCCAGGUGAAAAAAUGUGAGGAAUCCACCAGCAGUCCAGGUGUGUCUAAUAGCAUCGAAGGUAUAAUAGAAGAGGAAGAGGAUGAAGAAGCGGAAGAAGAAUCCAACAAGAAGAGGAUGAAGGAAGAUGACCAAGAGAUAAAAAAGGAAAGCGUCUUCACCUGGCGAGUGGAGCUGUCAAAGACAGAGAAGUACUGGGAGGGCUGGUUCAGAGGCCUGUCUGCCCUCUUUCUUACCUGCCCGGUGCCAAAACUGCUUCUGCUCGCAGGAGUGGACAGGCUCGACAAAGACCUUACUAUUGGACAGAUGCAAGGGAAGUUUCAGAUGCAGGUCCUCCCUCAGUGUGGUCAUGCUGUCCAUGAGGACGCACCUGAAAAAGUAGCAGAUGCUCUAGCAACAUUUAUGGUCCGGCACAAAUUCACUGAGUUUAAGGAAGGAUACCUGUGCUAAUUUCCAGUUCUCAGUCUAAAUAUAGCCAGCAGCCAUGGAAGAAAUGUUUCAAAAUUCAUCCACAUCCUCGUACAAUUUAACUGCAAAUUAAGGAAAAUAUGACAAGCAUUAUUAUUAUUAUAAUAAUUAUUAUUAUUAUUAUUAUGUUGCUUUUGUUAUGUAGAUAAUUUGCCUUUCAGCUUUGCCUUAUUUUUAUUUUAAAACACUGGGAUUUAUUGUACUUUUUCUUUACAAUAUUUUUUUAAGUAAUGCUCUCC